GAGGGCGAAAGGAGGGAGGCUCCGGCCCCGGCGCCGGGGCUCGGGAGUGCGAGGAUGAGCGGCGGCGGGGCCGAGGAAAUCCGGGCGGGCUCCAUCAGCUAUUCCCUUCCCUCCAUCCCCUCUAACAAACUGCCGGAUUUGCGCUUUAUCAGCCGUGGGGUUUACGGGACCGUGUCCUCCGCCCGCCACGCCGACUGGAGGGUCCCGGUCGCCCUCAAAUGUCUGCAGGGACCGCUGGUAGACAGUCAUAGAGAGUACCUUCUAAAAGAAGCAGAGAUAUUACACAAAGCCAGGUUUAGUUACAUUCUGCCAAUUUUGGGAAUUUGCAACGAACCUGAAUUUCUGGGGAUAGUAACAGAAUACAUGACAAAUGGGUCAUUAAACCAGCUUUUACAUGGGAAAGAUGUAUAUCCUGACCUUCCUUGGUGCCUGAGAUUCCGCAUUCUUUAUGAAAUUGCUUUGGGAGUAAACUAUUUGCACAACAUGAAUCCUCCAUUGCUGCACCAUGACUUGAAAACCCAGAAUAUUUUACUGGACGAUGAGUUUCAUGUCAAGAUUGCAGAUUUUGGCAUGUCAAAAUGGCGUGUCAUAUCCAUGUCGCAAUCACGAAGUGAAACCUCUCUGCCAGAAGGAGGGACAAUUAUCUACAUGCCGCCUGAAGAUUACCAUCCCAGUCAGAAAACCCGGGCAAGUGUAAAACACGAUAUCUACAGUUAUGCAAUUAUUAUGUGGGAAGUGAUGUCCAGGAAACAGCCAUUUGAAGAAGUUAUAAACUUCUGGCAGAUAAUGUACAGUGUGUCCCAAGGAAAGCGGCUAGAUUUAAGUGAAGAAAGCUUAUCAAUGGACAUUCCUCAUCGAGACCUCAUCAUAAAACUGAUAGGAAGUGGAUGGGCACAAAACCCGGAUGAAAGACCGUCGUUUUUAAAAUGCUUGAUAGACCUUGAGCCUGUCCUGCGAACGUUUGAUGAGAUAGCUAUGCUGGAAGCAGUACUUCUGUUAAAGAGAUCAAAGUCACUGUAUGAAUCACGAUGUAUUUACAAGAGUGGAAAGAAAACAGAUGUGGAGCAGAUAUCUCUAAAUAUACCUCUGAAUCCCCAAGAGGAAACAUAUUCUGGCUCCUUACAGUGUGAGGCACUUCCCCUUCGGAGCAUCUCUCCAGAUAUGUCAAGACUCAAGUCCAUUCCCAAGUGUAACAUCCUCUCAUCAGGGACCAGUGCUGUGAAAACAGACGAGACGAUUGACUUCACUGCUCUAAAGCAGGGGAUCAAAAAGUGUGCUGAGGUGCUGCAAACCUGGAGAUACUCUGGUAGAGGUGAAAAUUCUGAAGGUCUAGAGUCUCUCAGCAGUCAAAGCACAGAUGAAAAUAUCUCUGUAACUCAGAGUGCCAAACCUCUUAUGCAGACUUACAGUAAUUUUCCCUCAUCUGGGAAGAGUGUUUCAGACGCCUCAAAUUCUGCAUCAUGUGUGCGGCAAUCAUCACCAAUUCCUUCAGAUCUUGUUUUGGAAACCAUACAACACAACAUAGCUCAUCAAUGGAUCCAAAGUAAAAGAGAAGAAAUUAUUGAUCAGAUGACUGAAGCAUGUUUGAAUCAGUCACUGGAUGCUCUUCUAUCAAGAUUUUUACUCAUGAAAGAAGACUAUGAACUAAUAAGCACCAAACCUACAAGGACAUCAAAAGUCCGACAACUGCUUGAUACCUCAGAUAGCCAAGGAGAGGAAUUUGCCAAAAUUAUAAUACAAAAGUUGAAAGAUAACAAACAGCUAGGACUUCAACCUUAUCCAGACAUUGUAUCUAAUUCUCUAAGACUGCAUCUUUAAAUUUAUUCUUUCUGUAUGAAGCCAUGUGAAUAUUUCUUACAACACGAGUCUUGUUUCUGUACAGUAGUUUUAUAUAUGUACCACUGUCUUUAUUGGGCCUUUGUAGAGUCUCAGAAAUGACACUGAGUUCAUCUAGACUGCAUUUGGUGAGUUGCAAAUAAUCAGUGGGACUGCAGUCAUAAAGCCAAACACUUGACACUUGUUGACCCAAUUCAUACAAGUAUUUUGUUUAUACACAAUGAAGAAAAAACAUUAAAUGUUCCCUGUUUUACAUA